AUGUCAAAGGUUGAAGACAAAUCAAAAAAACUCUUGAUCGGUACCCUUGUUUUCAAUGGACUCGUGACUUCAAGCAUUCGAUUAUAUCAGAUUCAUCCUACAGAAGAAGCACCGAACAAGUCAACAGAACGAUCAGUCAAAAGCUCGAAAUUACCAAUUCACAUGAUCUUGGUUCCCAGCUUAGACAAGUUAGAUCACGACUUACUAGCCCAAGAACGUAUGUCAGCUCCAGAUAAAGGCCAAGCAGAUCCGACUCAUGAUUUCAUAGUAGCGUCCAGCGCUCUAGUCAAUGUUGUUGAUUCCAUGCGGUUUGAGAAAGAUUUUUUAAAGAAAGGCGUAUUAUUAGAAAAUUUGUUUAGCGAUGAAUAUACUUUGAACAUAAUAGGAAAUUCAGAAGUCGAAGGACUGCUAGUUGAAUUAGCAGAAAUAUAUACCCAACAGCUAAAAGCGGCCAACGAAGGUAUCAAAAAUACUAUGGUAGAUUGCUUAAAGGGACUGGGAGCAGAGUAAUCACAAUAACUAUGAUUCGGGUCAACUGAAAUUAUCUAUAAUGAAAAUCAAAAUGUUACCUCCGCUCCAGUUUCCAAUGUAGAAAGGUUCUCUGCAGAAAAACUUGAAUUGGUGAUUUGUGAACCCAGGAUGAGCG